AUGACAAUACAAACUCAUUUAGAUAUAAAUUCUAAAAUGCAUAGAAGAAAGCAAAUUACACCUAAACGAACUGAACAUACUGAUCAUACUGAACAAUAUCAAACAUUGAAAACUUGUGAAUUUUCAAAUUAUUUAACUCCUGACAUAUCUACUGGAAGCAUGGCUAACCCACCAUUAAUAUUGAUAACACCAACUUCAAGGAUGAUCAAUACUUCAGAUUGUUCAUCUACUCCAUGUUCGACAUUGUCGUCUUUAUCAUCCUCUUCAACAUCGUCAUCAUCAUGUGAACCUGAUUCAAAAAAAACAAAAAUUUCCAUGGAGCAUAAAUCACCGUCCAAAAGUGGAAGAAUACUGUCUAAACAGUUGACAGUGAGCAAAAUGGAGUUAUACCCUGAUACGUCAACAGCAACAUUAGAAGUGAAUCAACAUGUAAAACGAUGCCAAGAAAAUAUCUCAUCAACUAAUUAUUCCAUUCAACCAAAAUUGGAUAAACGUGAACAUAAUGAUUCAGUGGAGCAACAACAUUCAACCAUGGAAAUUGAUUCAUCUACACGUAAUACACCAAUAUGUAGUCAAUGUGGUAAACAAUUUGCUAAUAUUUAUCGUUUACACAGACAUUUACUUAGUCACACUGAAAGUUAUGAAUUACGCAAAUUCCGUUGUUCUCAGUGUACAAAAGCAUUUAAAUUUAAGCAUCAUUUAAAAGAACAUGAAAGAAUUCAUAGUGGUGAAAAACCAUUUAUGUGUUCACAAUGCGGUAAACGUUUUAGCCAUUCCGGUUCAUAUUCAAGUCAUAUGUCAAGCAAAAAAUGUAAUAGCAAUGGUAACAGUAAUAAUGAAACUAGAACAACAAUUACACAUACUCCUAAUGUCAGUAUUCAUCAAAACAAAAAUAUUAACGAUGUUGGUCAAAUGUUUGCAACUAAUGAUACUCUUACGAAUCAAAUAUCUUUUAAUAAAAUAAACCAACUCACGUCAUCUUUUGAAUUACACAAAAACAAGCUCUGUUCAAGUAUAUUAGAAUCUGUCAAUCAAGUUAAUAAUUCGGAUUAUUUUUUAAAAUUUAAUCAUUUAAAACUAGAUAACUAUUUGCCAGCUAAUUCAUCGAACCAGUUUAAUUCACAGUUAAAGAAUGAUGAAAUUAGUGAGCAUGUUCACAGUACUACUACUAGUAGUAGUAUUAUUACCACUUUAAAUACCAUUGCUAAUAAUAGUAAUUUACAUCAUGCAGAUGAACAACCUGACGAGUUAUUAUGUAGUCAAAAUACAAAAUUAGCGAUUAUGCUUGGAAUAAAACCAGAAAAUGCGGAACAAUUAUUCCAACAUCUGUAUACAACUGAACAACAUCAAUGUAUGGAACAGAAAAAACAAUUUGUCAAUGCCUACAAUACACAAUAUUCGCACUAUUAUCCACUACAACAUGCAAAUAUAGUUACAUCUUCACCAGUGAUCUCAGUACUCAAUAAUCAUGAAUUACUUAAUCGUCAACCGAAGUCGUUCAGUAAUGACAGUUUUACCAAGUAUGAAAGUUAUAAAGUCGAUAAUUAUGCUUCGAACUCAUUAUCAUCCUCUGCCUUUUUCUCUACUUUACCUUCUUUCUCACCAUUAUCAUCAUCACCUUCAAUAUCCUAUCUCGGUGUUUCUUCAUCUUCUUCAUUAUCGUCUAUAUCAGCAACAAAUGUGACGAAUUUACCAUCGACAGAGAAAGAAACGAUUUCGGAAUGCCGAAGUGAGGAGCUUCAUGAAGAUCAGGAAAAGGCUUUAGAUUUGUCGUUGCCUCGAAUAAAACCUGAUGAUAUACCAUUAAGUACAGACAAUCAACAGUUUAACUAUUCAAAUUCUUAUCAACCGGACAUUCAUAAUUCACCUAACCUAAUCUGGUCAACAUCAUCAACAAUGACAUUUAUGGAGGCGGCUACUGCAGCGGUUGCAGCUGUUUCCUUUUUAUCACGAACAUCAAAUGAAAUGAAUUAUUCAAAUCAAAAUUUAGAACAUUUAAAUGAUAUUUCAAUAAAGGAUUUAUCACAGUCAUCUAGGUCAAUAUCACCUAACAAUUCUUCAUGGACAUAUGAACUUAACAGAAAUUGUAUUCAUAAUAUUAGUGAUAGCAGUAACGAUUGUAAAACUGAAAGAAAUAAUCAUUAUAAUACAAAUGAGUUUGACUAUUCUACUUAUAUAAAGACCACAAUGGAUAAGAAAAGCGUUGUGAAGGAACUAAGAGAUGCUGAAAAUUCAUCCACUCAAAUCAAUGAACAACAAGACACCAGUGAGCGUAUUCAAUCUGAUAAAAGUGUUUGUGAAAAAUUGGAGAAAUAUGGAAAAAGUAACAAUAGUUUUAAUGACAGUAUCAAUGGUAGCAUUAGUAGUUGUAGUGAUGGCGUCAAUAACACGGAAGUAUUUGCUUGUGAUCAAUGUCAAAAAGUCUUUUCUAAACAUAGUUCACUAUCCAGGCACAAAUAUGAACAUACUGGUCUUCGGCCAUUUAUUUGUCGUAUAUGUUCCAAAGCUUUCAAGCAUAAACACCAUCUAACAGAACAUAAACGUUUGCAUACUGGUGAAAAACCAUUUGAAUGUCAAAAAUGCGGUAAACGUUUUAGUCAUUCCGGAUCAUAUUCUCAACAUAUCAAUCAUCGUUAUAAAUAUUGUCAAUCAUAAAUCAUGUUCAACGUGCC